UGCUGUUUCCAUAGCAACACAUAAACAGAGGAGCUCGGAGAGGACAAAAUGUCAGCGAGGUACAGAGAACGAGGAGAUGAGGAGAAGAAGGAGGAGGAAGAGGAGGGAGAGGAGGGAGAGGAGGGAGAGGAGGGAGAGGAGGGAGAGGAGGGGGCAGAGAGGGACGCUGCCUCCUCCAUCGCCUCCAGAAGAAAGCCUGCAGCGCCUCCGCAGCAGAGCAUCCCCCACAUCCCCGAGGCGGCCGACGACUUUGUGAGGAACUUCCUGCGCAGAGCGGGCCUGAGGCGCACCCUGAGCAGCUUCCAGGCGGAGUGGUACGGCUCGGCCCAGGGGCUGCUGGCUCGGACCCUGGACACCGCGGGAAACGCCGCCUUCUUCAUCCCCGACGCGCUCACCCACCGGCAGCUCCUCCUCAGCGAGCUGGAGGCGGUGCGCCGGGACACGGAGGAGCUGAGGGCCGAGGCGCUGGCGGCGGGGCAGAGCCUGCUCAGGACGCAGCGGGAGGCGGACUUCCAUCGGCUGCAGCAUCGGCGAGUCUCCGAGGACAAGGACAGGCUGAACCAGGAGCUCGGGCAGCUGAGGACACACCUGGAGUCCCUGGAGCCGGCGCUGAGACAGCUGGAGGACAAACGCCAAGCCGCUCUGAGGCAGAAGAUGCUCAUCAGCUUACAGAGAGACCGAGCUCAGAGCGCCGCCGGCGGCAUGGCGCCCGGUCAGGACCCAGACCCGGCGAGGAGGGAGAGGAGCGUCAGAAGACACCCCAAGGACUCCGAGCUCCCCUUGGACAGGGUGAGGACGCCCCACCCGGCUCAGCUGGAGAAAACCCCCACCGGGUUCAGUCUGCGGGCGUCCAUCAGAGGACACCAGCUGCCCAUCAGCUGCAUCCAGCUGCAUCCGCAGGAGCUCCUGCUGGCGUCCGCCAGCGACGACCGCUCCUGGAGGCUGUGGGCUCUGCCGGCCGCCACGCAGCGGGUGGGCCAGCUGAUGGUGACCGGCGAGGGCCACUCCGAUUGGCUGUCCGGCUGCUCUUUUCACCCAGACGGAUCCAAACUUGCAACGACCAGCGGGGACGCCACAGUGCGUCUGUGGGACUUGUCUGGCGGCGCCUGCGUGUCGACGCUCUCCGGUCACGGCCGGCCCGCCUGGGGCUGCUCCUUCCACUCCGGCGGUCUCUCGCUGGCCUCCUGCUCCGCCGACAGGACGGUGAAGGUGUGGGACCUGCCCAGCCGGCGCUGCCGCCUGACGCUGCGCCGCCACGCCGCCUCCGUCAACAGCGUGUGCUUCCUGCCCUCCUCCGGCCUCCUCCUCAGCAGCUCGGCCGACCGGACCGUGGCCCUGUGGGACGCCCGGCCGGGGCUCUGCACCGCCACCUUCGCCGGACACCGGCACCCCUGCAACCACGCCGCGCCCAGCCCGGCGGCGCCGCACGUCGUGGCCUCGUGCGACUCCGGAGGCGUCGUCAAGCUGUGGGACCUGAGGAACCCCCGGCAGCCGCUGGCGUCCGUGGACGGCGGGCCGGCCAGCGCCAACCAGGCGGCCUUCAGCCGGUCGGGGGAGGCGCUGGCGGUGGCGAGCGGGGACGGUCUGGUCCGGCUGGUGCAGGUCGAGUCCUGCGCAGUCAGCAGCCUCACGGGACAUGAGGACGGCGUGCAGAGCGUGACCUUUGACCACAGGGACGCGUCUGUGGUGUCAGCUGGCAGCGACGGGAUGAUCAACGUUUGGACCGGACCAAACCAAAGUUAA